AUGCAGCAUGUUGAAGCUCUGGAGGUUCUUCUCCAAGGCCUCUCUGGUGUCCCAAAGGAACGUGUGAGGGUGCAUGAGCUCUGUCUUAAAAGUGUACCAAUGCUAGUCGUACAGGAGCUGUCCCAUCAGAGGACCAUAAGACAUGUUGGUGGUGCCAUGAGAGGUGCCGGUGCAGAGCAAAUCUCAAUUCUUGUGCGUACAAUCGUAGAAAGCAAAGCCAGCAGCAAUGUGUUACGUUACUUCUACGGCAUCGGCUACAAGUUAGAUCAUGAAAUCUUGAAGGUUGGCUUUGCGUUUCGCUUCCAGCGAGGUGCCCAGUUCACCGUGACUGUGACUUCUGCCAACAAGAUGCCAAAACUGCAUGCGACCGACGAAGCUGUGCAGGUCACUCCUGGAAUACAGCUGGUGGAGAUCACAGCACCAGCCGCUGCUAACAAUUACAAUGAUGUUGUUUCAGCUGUCACCUCAUUCUGUGAAUAUCUAGCGCCGCUGCUGCAUCUCUCUAAACCAGGCAAUUCAACUGGAAUCGUCCCGACUGCUGGUGCUGCUGCUGCCUCGCUCAUGUCAAGUGGUGAUAUUAAACUGAUAAGAACAGAUACUACACUUGAUCUUAGCCAAAAGGCCGAGAAAGGGUGGUUCUCGUACGACAGCAUCAGCGACACGGAGCGCCGCCUGUUGCCGGAGUUCUUCGAAGGGGAGGUCGCGGCCGUGUCUGGGUCCCGGGGCCCGGAAGCCUACAAGUACUACCGCAACACCCUCGUCAAGAGGUUCCGGGCAAGACCAGCGCGCCGGCUCACGCUCACCGAGGCCAGGCGGGGCCUUAUCGGCGACGUUGGCUCUGUGCGCCGUGUGUUUGACUUCCUGGAGGAAUGGGGGCUCAUCAACCAUGGUGCUCCCCCGCUGGGGGCGAAGCAGGGGAAAGACAAGAGGGAGGAGGCGACGACUUCUCAGUCUUCUUCUCAGUCUUCAUUGCCUGCUGGACCAACCACACCCAAGAAGCUCUGUGUAGGGUGCCGCAGCGUCUGCGGCUCUGCCUAUUUCACCUGCGAGAAGGCGGAUAUAAGCAUAUGUUGUAGAUGCUUUGUGCGUGGCAACUAUCGGCCUGGUCUUACUCCAGCGGACUUCAAGAAAGUUGAAAUUAGCGAAGACGCCAAAUCAGAUUGGACAGACAAGGAAACUCUUCACCUACUUGAGGCUGUCUUGCAUUAUGGAGAAGACUGGAAGAAGGUUUCUGAGCAUGUUGGUAGUCGCUCGGAGAAAGACUGCAUUGCUAGACUCAUCCGAUUAUAUUUUGGAGAACAGUUCAUGGGAUCCAAGGAGCAGAAAAUGGAGUUUGAGAUUGAUGAUGUUACUAAUGAAUCUAGAGCAGAGAUCCCAAACCGACUCCGUCUCACACCACUGGCAGAUGCAAGCAAUCCAAUUAUGGCUCAGGUCGCGUUCUUGUCGGCAAUUGUUGGCGCAGGCGUUGCAGCAGCAGCAGCGCAAGCAGCUAUUUCUGCACAAUCCCAGGUUGAUAUGAAUGACAGCCAGACUGAUUCUCCAAUCAGCAGCACUAAAGAAGAAGAAUCUUCUUACACUAAUGGGCUUACAGCCAACGAUUUACUCAAAGAGGCAUCCACAAAUGCACAAGUGCAACUUCAAAAGGAGCAAAAAGAUAUAGAGCAAUCUUUAUCGGCUAUAGUGGAUGUCCAGAUGAAGGAAAUCCAGGAUAAGAUAAGCCGUUUUGAGCAGAAAGAGCUGCUUAUGGAGAAAGAGAGGGAGCAGCUUCAUCACUUACGGGAACUGCUUUUCGUGGAUCAACUCGCGGUUGUGCAGCAUCAGCGCAGACCGCAUGCUGUAGCGGCUGAGAACAAGGAGGAGGAGAAACCGAAACCUAUUAUCACCAUGAGUUAA